AAACCUUUUGAAUGUAACGUGUGUGGUAAGUCUUUCACCAAGAAAUCAAAGCUUAUUGUCCACCAGAGAACACACACAAAAGAAAAACCUUUUGAAUGUAACGUGUGUGGAAAGUCUUUCACCCAGAAGUCAACUCUCACUGUCCAUCAGAGAAUACACACAGAAAAGAAACCUUAUGAAUGUAACAUGUGUGGAAAGUCUUUCAUCCGGAAGUCAGAGCUUACUGUCCACCAGAGAAGACACACAGGCGAGAAACUUUUUGAAUGUAACAUGUGUGGAAAUUCUUUCACCAAGAAGUCAAACCUUACUGUCCACCAGAGAACACACACAGGAGAGAAACCUUAUGAAUGUAACGUGUGUGGAAAGUCUUUCACCCAGAAGGCACACCUUACUGUCCACCAGAGAACACACACUGGAAAGAAACCUUAUGAAUGUAACGUGUGUGGAAAGUCUUUCACCCAGAAGGCACACCUUACUGUCCACCAGAGAACACACACAGGAAAGAAACCUUAUGAAUGUAACAUGUGUGAAAGGUCUUUUACCUGGAAGUCAAACCUUACUGUCCACCAGAGAACACACACAGGAAAGAAACCUUAUGAAUGUAACGUGUGUGGAAAGUCUUUCACCCAGAAGCUACACUUUACUAAGUCAAACCUUACUGUCCAACAGAGAACACACACAGGAAAGAAGCCUUAUGAAUGUAACGUGUUUGGAAAGUCUUUCACCCAGAAGGUAUACAUUACUGUCCAUUAGAGAACACAUACAGGAGCGAAACCUUAUGAUUGUAACAUGUGUGGAAAGUCUUUCACCAAGAAGUCA